AAAUCAAAGACAGGAAGUGGGAACGAAGAUAACCCCUUCGAGAUCAAAACCCCUUAGAGCCUACAGUACAAUGUCUUCUCCAUUGAAGUGCCUGGUCCAUGAUGAUGACCGAUACCAAAAAUCAUUUGAGCUGUUUUUGGAGCGUUCCUCUGAACAUCAAGCCAUGAGAGACUUCAUCCACAACACACUGCCCGACAUACUGGCCAGUGUUGGCAAUGGGAAGUCACAGCUAAAUGUCAUUGGUGUUGGGAGUGGGGCAGGUAAGAUUGACCUGGAGAUGAUCUCUCAGCUGCGUCUGAAGCACCCAGGGGUGCUGGUGGAUAACGAGGUAGUGGAGCCCAGCAGCCAGCAGCUCCAUAACUACAGAGUGAUGGUCGGCCAGAAGCCGGAUUUAGACUAUAUCAAGUUUACCUGGAACAAGAUGACAGCCUCUGAGUUUGAGGAACAGAGGAGACAGAAAAAUGUCACCAAGAAGGCUGACUUCAUCCACAUGAUUCAGAUGCUGUACUAUGUCCAAGAUCCUGGAGCCACCAUCAGCUUCUUUCAAAGCCUCCUCGACAAGAAUGGAAAGCUCUUGAUUCUUUUAGUGUCAGGUGACAGUGGCUGGGGGAAGCUAUGGGAAACCUUCCGCAGUCAACUGUGCAACACUGAGAUCAGUCAAUGUGUGACCACUGCAGACAUCAAGAGCCUGCUGGACAUGCGCAGAGUCCCCUAUAAGAGCUACGAGCUGCAGUCUCACAUGGACAUCACUGAAUGUUUCACUGAAGGAGACGAGACUGGAGAGCUGAUGUUGGACUUUCUGACUGAGGUCCUGGACUUCAGUAAAACAGCCUCGCCUGAGCUCAGACAGGGGGUGAUGAGGCUGCUGCGAGACCCCCAGUGCAGUGUAGAGAAAGAGGGGAAAGUACUGUUCAAUAAUAACCUUGGAGUCAUAGUUCUAGAUGCACUCAGUUAAAAAGGCCUUAGUGAAGGCUUUGUGGCACUAAAU